AUGGUUCCUCUGCGCGCUGCUUCUGAGAUGCCGUGGGGUGUUGCUUCCGGGUCGGAGCGACGAGGGGCUUGGAGCGGGGCUGCGCCGAUGUGCCGAGUUUUUGCGAGGCCCUGUGUUGCAGAACCGUCUGUCUUCAGCGAGCCCGCAAGCGCCGACUUGGAUGGAUGGCGCUACUGCCGACUUUCUCCUGGCCCUCGACGACGCAGCCCUGACGGCUGCCGAGGCCUACGGUCUUCAAGGAAUCGAGGCAACCAAGCCUCCUUGGCUGGAGACGCUGCUGCAAACGCUGUCGAGCUGCGAAGCAAGGCUACUCGCCGCGCCCGGAAAGCCUGCGGGUAUCAAAGCCUUCCGCAUGAAGCAGAAGAAGGCGGAGUUCCUCGGCACUCGCAAGUUGCAGGGCAGGUGGCCUGCUGCAUCGAGGCCCUUCGCGACCACUUCGACCUUGAACGCGUUGCGCGUGUCGUGGAUCUCGGUGCUGGUAGAGGAUGGCUCACUCGUGCGCUCCGAGCAGCGCUGGCGAAGCCGAGUGUUGGGCUUGAGCUGGACGAGGCACAGGUCGCCAGCGCGAGGGCGGCUGUCCAUGCUGAGGGGCUCAGCCAGGUCUCCUUCGAAGUCUGCGACCUCCGCUCUCCGCAGACCCUGGUGUCCCUCUUGGAGCCCCAGGACCUCUUAGUAGCGUUGCAUCCUUGUGGUCGCCUGGGUGAUCUCACGAUCGAGGCGCUCCUGUCGCUUCCACCGGCACGUCGGCCGGGACUUUUCUUAGUUUCCUGCUGCCUCCAUGGCCGUUCCUGGUCUCCGGUGCCCGACCCACGCCCGCCGUUGUCAGAGCUCGGCAAGGCCCUUGGCUUGUCUCUGCCGCGACUGGCACUGCAACGCGCGAACCUCUGGGGCCCUGGAAGCCGUGCAGCGGGCUCUGGCGCAGCAUGGUCACGUCUUGCCUUGCGCCGACUCUUGGAGAUGCUGGGCCGCCCUGUGGGCGGUGGGGACGCUUCUCCAUCCCUGAGAGGACUCGGCCGCGGGCCUUGGCGACAGAAGGCAGCUCGGGCCGCUGACCGCGAAGGCUUGCCUGGCCCGUCUGAGGAGCAACUCAAGCUUUCUGCCGCCCAUGCAGAAGAGGCCUUGCCUUCAGCGCGACGGUUGGAGCUCCUUCUUCCCGUUUUCGGCCGACUUGCAGAGUUGGCUGUGAACUUUGACCGCGCACUGGCGCUUCAGGAGGCCGGCUACGAGGUGGCGGUUGGUCGCGCCUUCGCCAGUGGGACCAGUCCACGGAAUUGCGCGCUGUACGCCGGCACGCCGUCACAGGAAGGAAAAGAACGCGGUCAGGAACCGCUUGAUGCUGCCCUCAAGAAUGCACAUGCCGAAAUCAGCCGUGGCCAUCCAAUCGAACAUAGUGCGCUGCUGGUCGUCAUGGCUUCUGACCGCUCACGUUCGCCGGUUGCCGCCAAGUCUGGUGGGAAAAAGCACCUUGUCACGGUGAUUCCCUGUGUUUAUGGCAUCGACAACUUCUGGAAGUACGGCACCCUGUCACGGACCUUCGAGAAGCAUCCUAAGUUCCACUUUAUCACGGGUGAUGCGAAAGAUGUGGAGCUCUUGCGGAAGGUCUCCGGUGGGCCCUCUUUGUCACUGGGGCUAGUUGGGGCUUAG